AUUUUAGGCUACAAGAACCCAUCAAAAUUGAAUCUCUACCACAAUGACAUUCCCAUGUUUUACGAAAAGGAUUCCAACAUGGUGCUCGACUGGUUGGAUUUAGGAGCCAAUCGCCUCAAGAUCGUUUCUAUGACAUUCGACAAAAGAUUCAUCGGGUUUGCCAAUUCUGUGGUAGAUCAGUUUAUUGGAGAAGUACACACCUCAGUGGCUAAUCUGACCAACGUAGAAGGGUUAAACAAUUUGAAAAUCAUUGGAAAAUACAUCGUAUUGGCAAAGAACAAAUUGACUGAUUUCGGUGUAGAUUCAUACGAUAUCAGACGAUUUUACAAUUCUGAUUCCAAUCUUUUAGAUUUUUUGGAUCUGUCAAAUUGCUCCAUCAUAGAUAUUCCCGAUUUGUAUUUCUCGAAUUUACCUCAUUGUAUCAAUCUAAAUUUAAGCUACAACUCCAUCGGCGUUAUAGACAAUAUGACAUUCAAGAAUUCUAAAAUAGAUUUCUUGGAUUUAUCGCAUUCAAAUAUAAAGGAAUUGCGUUCGAAUUGCUUUACUAAUAACACCAUGAAAGAAUUGAUAUUGAGUUACAAUCAGAUUUCACAAUUGAAUAAAAUUUUCGUUGAUACGACAGUAUUAAAAUUGGAUUUAUCUCAUAAUGAAAUAGUUGAAAUUACGAUGGAUUCUUUUAAAAAUUUACUUGGCACGGUAUAUUUAAAUUUAUCGAAUAAUUUUAUCGAAAAAUUUGAUUCGAAUGCUAUAUCCGAAAUGAAAUCUUUGGAUAUACUGGAUUUAACUUACAACCGAUUUAAAGAGUUCGCUAGUGACACUUUCGCUUACUUUUCUGUAACGAAUUUGUUGCUACAGGGCAACAAUAUAAGCGACGUGCACAAAAAUGCUUUCGAUCAUUUAGAGAAUGUUAAACUUCUCAAUUUAUCUAAUAAUCACAUCAAGAAUAUUAGACCGAAAGCGUUUGCAAACUUAUCAAGUGUCGAAGAAAUAGAUUUAGCCAACAACGAUAUAAAUUUCGUGGUGGCAGAUACGUUUUUCCAAACGCCAAAUUUGCGUAAAGUAGAUUUAUCCGGCAACCCGUUGAAACAAAUUUUCAAAAUUUCAAAUUCCCUCACUUUAAACGAACUGAUCAUCACGGUCGAUUCAAUCUUGAAUUCAGACGAAAUUGAUAAUUUUUACCUCAAAAUUCUAAUAAUUAAAGAUUCUAAAUUAGAAGCGUUGAAUGCAAAUACGUUCAGAGGACUCUAUACUUUAAGAUCGUUAUUUUUCGAAAACACAACGAUUGAUACGAUCGAACCAGGUGCUUUAAAUAACCUCUUCAGUCUACAAUAUUUAGACACCAAGCACAUAUUUAACGGUACAACUGAUUUACCUAAAGACACGUUUAAAGAUUUAGUACAGCUUGAAGAAAUUGAUCUAUCCGAUAUCGGAUUGGAAACUAUGGAGCAAUGGUGUUUUAAUGGAUUGGAGAGUUUGACGCAUCUAAAUUUGAACCAUAAUAAAUUCGUUGAAAUCGUAAACGGUAACUUUUUAGGUCUUCCGAUACUCUCAACGCUGUUAUUAGAAUCUAAUAACAUUUCUAAAUUGGAAGACGGAGGCUUUAACGGCCUAUAUAGUUUGAAACAAUUAACUUUGGCUGACAACAAGUUGGUCUAUAUAAAUGACGGUGCUUUCAAAUAUCUAUGGCGGUUAAAUAAGUUGAAUUUGCAGAAUAACCAGUUGAUCCAAUUGGAGAAGGAUGUCUUUCAAGGACUCGUUAAUUUGAUUGAACUCGAUCUAUCUAACAAUCGAUUAACGGUAAUACCGUCAGGAAGCAUGCAUUAUUUGAGGGAAUUGAAAUCAUUGAGGUUGCAGUAUAACAAUAUAUCAGUUUUAGAUGUAGGCAGCCUUUCCGAACUUAAAUUGUUAGAAGUACUGGAUUUGAGUCACAAUGAAUUGACGUAUUUCAAUACCAGAACCACAUUUUUGACGUUGAAAAAAUUAUUGCAGUUAUAUCUGGAUCGCAACAAAUUGAAAGGUUUAGAAAUCGAUGAAUUGCUUAAGAAGUGUCCUAGCUUAAAAUUCGUAGGGUUAUCUUUCAAUGAUUUCGUUUGCGACGAUUUGGCUUUGAUUUUACUUAUGCUGGAAAAUCACGAUGUUGCUUUUAAGUCUAUUGAACUGGGUUAUGAUAGCGAGAAUAUCGAAGGUAUACAAUGCGUUCCGAAAAAUCCAGAUAAAGAAAUAAAUAUUAUUCGAAAUAAAUAUGUUAUUAAAAAAAAAGACCAUCCCAAUCCCAUAGUGGCUAAUAAACACAAAACGAAAGGAAAGAAUGUUCUUAAACUUGAAAACGAUUAUUUUAUUAGAGAACUAGAUUCUGUUGAAGAAGAAAAAGGGGUAUAAGUUCUACAUUUCGUUCUACAGUCAUGGUAACCAUUUUGCUAUGUUUCAUUUGUUAGUUUUAUAGGUUAUAUUUUUACGUUUUCUAUUUAGGUUACGUGUAUCUAAUUAAAAUUAAAAUUUUUUAGUUAUGUAUG